AUGUGUUUGCAGGGAGAGAAAUAUAGUGAGAUAGCCAUGGCACUAGAAGCAGUAGUAUAUCCACAACAACAAGACCCAUUUGGUUAUGGGAUCAAAGAUCUGAACAACUACAACUUAUUAGCAUGUGAUGGAGGCAACUGGGGCUAUGGCGAUUUCAACCUCGAAAAAGAAGAGCAUGGUUCUAUCAAUUUUCUCGAGAACCAAACAGAGAAUUUUCCUUAUGGAGAUUGGAAUUGCUCUCCGCCAUCAAUGUUGCCCCGCACGAAUGAACUUCAUGUCUCUAAUAAUCCAUCUUCGGAGGCCACUGAACCCAGCACCACACACAACUUAAAUAGCUCAACUUCCACGCCUUCUCGUCGUAAGAGGAGAAGAACGAAAAGCAGAAAGAAUAAGGAAGAAAUUGAGAACCAAAGAAUGACUCACAUCACUGUAGAGCGCAACCGAAGGAAGCAAAUGAAUGAGUAUCUCUCUGUUCUUCGGUCUUUAAUGCCUAAAUCUUACGUCCAAAGGGGUGAUCAAGCAUCUAUUAUUGGAGGUGCUAUUAACUUUGUUAAGGAGCUUGAGCAGAGGCUGCAAUUUCUUGGUUCUCAGAGAGAAAAAGAGGGAAAUUUUUAUAAGGGUGCAGAUAUGCCAUUUUCUGAGUUCUUCACCUUUCCACAGUACACAAGUACUGCUAGUGGUUGUGAUAAUUCUGAGGCAAUGGGUGAACAAGUGGGUGAGGUUGAGUGUGGCAUUGCUGAUAUAGAAGUGACAAUGGUGGAGAACCAUGCAAAUCUCAAAAUAAGAUCAAAGAAACGGCCAAAGCAGCUCUUGAAGAUGGUAUCUAGUUUGCAUGGCAUGCGUCUCACAAUCUUGCACCUACAUGUUACUACCACCGGGGAAACUGUCCUCUAUUCUCUCAGUGUUAAGGUGGAAGAUGAUUGCAAGCUGGGAUCAGUGGCUGAGAUAGCUGAAGCUGUAUACCAAAUGCUGGAUGGGAUUCAACAAGAGUCAAUAAUGUUGAAUUAA